GACCAUCAUCUUUCAGAGUUGGGUAGGAAAUACCACUGUGCUACGUUAUUUAGAAAGGCGAAGCAAUAUUUUCAGUUAGACUUCAUUUGUUUUUUAACGUCAACAUAAAAUAAGCCGAAGUUAGAAUAAGAUUGACUAUGCCAAAAUACUACUGUGAUUACUGUGACACUUUUUUGACUCAUGACUCGCCAUCAGUUAGAAAAACUCAUUGCAAUGGACGAAAACAUAAAGAAAAUGUGAAGUUUUAUUAUCAGAAAUGGAUGGAAGAACAAGCACAAAGUCUUAUUGAUGCAACAACUGCAGCAUUUAAAGCUGGAAAGAUUCAGUCUGGACAGUUCCCACAAGGUCCUAACAAGCCUCCAGCUGUUACUAGUGGAGGAGCUAUGAUACCCCCUCCUGUAGGUCUUCAAGGAAACAAUGCUCGAACUCCUGGACCAAAUCAAAGAAUGUCUCUAGUGGGUCCACCGCCAGUUGGUCCCAUGAUGGGACCAAUGGGAGGUCCUAUGCCAGUUAUGGGGCCACACGGGCCAGUUCAUCCAAACAUGAUGAUGCCAGGUAUGCGUCCACCAAUGAUGCCAAUGGGUCCAAUGCGACCACCAAUGACCUCUGCAGUGCAACAGCCACCUAUAUCUAAAAAAUAGGAUGUAUUGUACAUUAUUUUUUUCAUAUGUUUAAUCAUCUCUGUUUUAAUAUGACACUUUGUGUACCUGCCUUUCAACAAUAAUUGUAAAUGUUUUUGAUCAUUGUACGAUUAAAAGUUUUAUAUUCCAA